CGGGAAAAAUCACUGGGCGCCAUUUUAAGUCCCCUGACUAGAAGAAGAGGGAGAAGAGAUGCAUUUAAGAUGAACUUAUUGUGAUGAAUUUAGGAUGUUUAUUUUAAAAAGGGUUUGCUGCCAGUUAAACUAGUUAUCUUAGUGACUGUACACGUUGAGACCUUUCACUUCAGACCACAGUGUAAUUGUUAUUUGUAGUAGCUGGCGAAUGGAGUUGAUUUGUGGUGAAAACGAGCACUUUGUGUUGGCCGCUGAAGGCAGUUCUGAUCUCAGGUCGGUUCGUGCUGGUUGUGACCCGGUUCUGACCCGAGACAGUCGGGUUUGGAGAAAUAUGACGAGUUUAGAAAGAAGCCACACGAUUUCACGCUCUUAUUUCGGCACCUUACAGAGUGACGUAAAGCCGAAUAUGAGGAGAAUUUUAACUGUUUGGAUGUUGCAGGUCUGUGAGGAGCAGAGGUGUGAGGAGGAGGUGUUCCCAUUGGCCGUGCAGUACCUGGACAGGUACAUGGCUCAUCACCUCGUGGACACAUCUAGUCUGCAGCUGCUCGGCACCGUCUGCAUGUUCAUAGCCUCCAAACUCAGAGAGACGGUUCCCCUGAACGCCACAAAGCUGUGUAUAUACACCGAAAACACCAUCUCUGUUACACAGCUACUGAAGUGGGAGAUGAUAGUUGUCUCUAGGUUGGACUGGGAUUUGGCCUCAGUUUUGCCCUCAGACUUCUUGGAGCCACUACUGCAUGGCCUUCCUAUAAUUCCUCGUGACCUCUCAGCCCUGCGCAGGCACACACACUCAUACAUUGCUCUAGCUGCUACAGAAUUCACAUUUUCAACAUAUAAGCCCUCCAUUAUCGCCUGUAGCUGUGUGGCUGCUGCAAUUCAGCGCCUGAACCUACUGGAUGACGCACUGUCCUGUGCCACACUCCUGCAGCUCAUGGCUAACGUCUUAGACACUGACCUGGUGUUUCUCUGUAACUGUUACACCGCCUUGGAGGAGACUCUGAAGCUCACUCUGCCCCCCAACACACCCCUGUGCACGUCCGCCUCACCUGUUCUUGAGGAGGGAAUACCUUCAACUCAGAUUCCCAGAAACCACAGGUCAUUACAGAGAGAACUGAAAAGCAGGAAAAAUCCCAAGAGACAGGAUUCCUCUAGAUUACAUCUUGUACUAUUUAUAUAUGUUUAAUAUAACCAGAAUCACUUGGGUUAACGGACUAACCCUAACGUCAUUAAACAUUACAUUUAUAGGAAAGAAAUCCAUUCAUUUAUUUUUCAUACUAAUUUAAUGAUAAUUUUAAAUGAACUGCAGUUUUACAAUUUGCAUUAAUCACACACUAAGUGGAGCUUCACACUGUGUGCUCUUAUGUAACACACACACAGUUCCUGGCAUUGGCUUCGGUUGCUUCAUUGAUUCUGUUUAGUGUCUGUGUGGUUAUGUAAGGUAGAGGUGUGUGUGUGUGUGUGUGUUUUGGUGAACAGUCUGACAAUCCAGUAUGGGUGUGGGCUGCAUGUUUUAUAAAAACCUCCAGUACUCAGUUGUGCGUGUUUGAUCUCCAUAAUUGGAAGUGGUUUUUGUUUACUUUUGUUUAGCAUGGUUUCGGUGGUAAAGCCAGUCUAAUGCUAUACAGCCACAAGGACGGGACAAUAACUAAACUGUGUAUGGUGUGUGAAUGAGUCCAGGAUGUGAUGUGGUGCAGUAGUUUUACCUGGUGGCAGUAGUGCACAGCUGAGACGAUCUGUCUGAAGGUGUGUCGGGCCUCACACUCAGAGAUGUGCCUCUCACAGAUGUAGUCGAAUAAGUCUCCUUUACUGGCGUACUCCAUCACAAUCACAAUCUUAUCCUUAUUUUCGAACACUACACACACACACACACACAGUUUUAAUGCUGAAACUUUAGAUUUUUGCAGAAUGGACCUGAUGCUAAAAAUAAAUGUUACACACACUCUUACGUAGUCAAUUACACAAAGGCCAUAAAGCUUGUUUACAGCAAUUGGGUCAUUACUGAACAAAAGACUUUUACAAUGCAUUCUCCUGACAUCAGCUUUCUUAUUAAACUCCUGAUGAUAUAAAGAACACUGAACAAUGUUUAACAUCUCACUUUACAUCCUGGCUUUAGGUGCUACAGUCACACAGUGUUGUUAGUUGUCAGUGUUCUCAGACUUACCCUCAUAUAUGGUGAUGAUGUAGGGGUGAUUGAGGGACGACAUGAUCUCAAUCUCUCUCCUGAUGUGAAUAAGGUCCUGUUCAUCUUUAAUGUUUUCUUUCCUAAUAGAUUUGAUGGCCACCUGCAGCACACACACACACCUCGAGUGGGUUAGCGGGCUUUAAACAACUAAGACCCAUUACAUUUGACACAUCUGUACAGUUAAAUCCUGAGCUGCUGUGGUGUGUAAACAUUUAUAGCAAUGAUUCUUCAUUAAAUACAGAGCAGAAAAUAAUCACCAUUCUCUUCACACACUAAUAAUAAUCAGAAUCACAAACACUUAAUAAAACUGUUAAACACCUUAUAAAAUAAUAAAUUCAGUCCAUAAUCCUUCCUGAAGAAAAAAAAAAUCAGCACCCUUAAUAAAUUCCACACUUUUCCCAACUCUAACAUGCUGUCGCUCACUCACAGGUCACUACUCAGACGUGUGGGUGUGUGUGUGUGUCCCGACAUCUGCUCCUUGCCAUGUCUUUUCUGCCCUGGAGGUCCCUCAUGACACAUUCAGGCCCAUGCAAUUGUAAGCAUUUGCGCGCGCGCACACACACACACACACACACACACACACACACACACAGUUUGUUUGCUGUAGAAUGUUGGUGUUGAAUGCAGUGGGUGGUGUUUAAUGGCUGGUUAUGGUAUGGAUGUGGUGGUUCUGAUGGUGUUUACGCACAUUCCUGUGUGAUGUUUAUGUAAAGCAUUUCAUUUCUGUUCAGUGCCACUGUUUACUUCUUUCUGUCCAUAUUUACCCAGAAUGCAGCAGUGAGGAGUAGAAUGCGUCAGGAAGCGAGUGGGUGAGUGAUUAUGUGGAAAUCUGGAGUGGUUUAAGACGAGACUCUGCAGGUUUUUAUCUGCUGGUGGAUUUCUCCAGUGUCUCCUGACAGGAAAUAACGGAGUACAGUUUGGAGGAGUUAAAUUUAGCUGUGUUCAGCAGGUCGCUGUGGGACACACGCCUGGCAUUUCCUCCUCAGGAGAGUAAACUCUUCUGUUUUUUACUCCUUGUGUAUUUUUAGAGAAGCCGGCUGCAGGUAUGUGGAGGAAAAUUACUGUGGUCACGAGAUCACUCGCUCUCACAGACCUGCUCAGUGGGGGAAAAUUUCAGGGAAACUAUUCACGUCUUAACAUGUCCUUAAUUAAACACAUUCCAACAACAGCAGAGUCUCUGAGUGAGACACACCAUCUGUCUCUCUACCUUUCCAGUCAUACUCUCUCUGUCUUAUUUUAACCCUGUUCUGUCCAUUUUUCUCUGUCUGUCCUCUUUUUCCUGGCAAUGCACUUGCUACCUGUAUCUCUCUCAUAAAUCAGCAGUGAGAGAGAGAGAGAGAGAGAGAGAGAGAGAGAGAGAGAACCAAAGAGGGGGGGAGAGAGGGGGAGCAGGAAGGAGGAAGUGAUCUUUGUGGAAAAGCCCCAAAUGAUAUCAGGGAUUUAAUUUCUCCUUCUAGUCUCUAAUCAGAGUUACAGUUUUCUGCCCCAGUUCUGGUCGUAAUGCCCCGUUAUCACUUUCUGAAUCUGUCCCACAGUGAAACCUGAAUACAGAGUCUUUACAGCACAGAGUAGUAGAAGGAAGUUAACUUUCACUUCCUGGUUAUGUUUUUCCCCUAUAGUGAAACCGUUUGGAUGUCAAUCAGCUGGGAUAUAAGUAAGGAUUAGGGAUAGGGUAAAGUAUCACACAGGGAAGUGGAAUUAAGAAAUCACAAGAAUUUCUUUCACCUCUAUAACCAGUCUGAUGUGGACUUUUCAGGACAUGCGUUCUGCUGCCUUCUGGUUUUACCCUAUAUUACUUCACUGAAGAAAGAAUGUUGGGUGAUAAAUGUGCUGAUAUGUUGGUGUUACUCCUUUUAGUCCUCUUCAUCACAGCUUCAUCAGACAGUACCCCAGAUCUCCUUCAGGAAGGUGUGUAUCUGAUGGAGUGAUGGUGCACUGUGUAUUACCCACAAUCUACUUCACACCCUGCCUGUUCUAAUGCUGUACAUGUGUACAAGUACAGUUGUAUGUGUGGAAUAUUGUGAUGUCUGGCAGCUGAACUAACUCUGUGAUUACAUGAUGACAUGUCUAGGUCAUGUUUCUGGAAUUAAUGUGGAAUUUCAGCCUCGCUUCUUUAUGUCCACCGGUUGCUCACCAGCCGAGGGUCUGAAGCUGAACCGUGUUAACUAGAGAUAGGAAUUUAAGACAAACGGUCAACAUAAUGCUAACGCUGUAAUCCUCCCAGGUGUGAUAAAGGUGAAGCUUUAGAAAAGACACACUUAUCUACACACACACUGUUACACAGUCAAAGCAUUGAUCACGCUUAACCAGCUAAUGUGUGUGUGCACGUGUGUGUGUGUGUGACAAUCAGCUGGUCCAGUGUGAUCAAUGCUUUGAGUUCUAAAUGCACUGAAAAAAGUUUAGCAUUUACACUUCAGUAAAUCUUGCUCUAAAGGUUUGUAUUGUUAAACCCACGUAAUGUCUUCACUUGGUAUAUUAAUAAAGUCGUGUGCUACGGGUGCCAAUA